UAAGAUAAUAAUGUAGAGGCUAUAAAAUAACCCUCGAAGAGUAAGCGUCAUCUCUCAAUGAUAACUGUCGCAAGGAUGAAGUCGUGUGUGUUGUUGUUGGCACUGGCGGCGUUGGUGGCGGCGGAGGCGGCGGCGGGCCUGCAGGAGCCGAUGCUGUUCUACCACAGCGCCGCGGGCAUGGCGGAGGCGGCGCGCAUCAGGCAGCACGAGGCGGCGCUGGACUUCGACGGCUCCCGCAUCACCGGCGGCCAGUCCGUCAACGCGGGCGCUCACCCUCACUUGGGCGGGCUUGUGAUCACCCUCACCAACGGGCAGCAGUCGGUGUGCGGCUCGUCCAUGCUGACCAACAACCGCGCGGUGACGGCGGCGCACUGCUGGUGGGACGGCCAGAACCAGGCGCGCCAGUUCACCGUCGUGUACGGCUCCAACCGCCUGUUCUCCGGCGGCUUCCGCAUCACCACCAGCAACAUCCUGAUGCACGCAAGCUAUAACUUCCGCACCCUACAUAAUGACGUAGCGAUCAUAGUCCAUCAAUGGGUUGCCUUCGGAACUACCAUCAACCGCAUUGCGUUGCCGAGCGGAACCCAGCUCAACAACAACUUCGCCGGCCAAACAGCGACAGCCGCAGGUUACGGACGCACCGGCGAUAACGCGGCCAUCGGCCAGAACCAGGACAAGCGGCAGGUGAGCAUGCCGGUGAUCACGAACGCGGCGUGCGCGUCCACAUUCGGCUCCAGCACCGUGAUCGCGUCCACGCUGUGCACCAGCGGCGCGGGCGCGCGCAGCGUGUGCCCCGGCGACUCGGGCGGCCCGCUCUCCGUCGGCUCGGGCACCGGCCGCAUCCUGAUCGGCAUCACGUCGUUCGUGGCGAGCGCGGGCUGCGCGCGCGGCUUCCCCGCCGGGUUCGCGCGGGUCACAUCCUUCAACUCCUGGAUCCUGCAGCGACUAUAAGCCCUCUGACGAUGUUAUGAUAUGGAAAUAAAAACUUUUAUUUAACUAU